UUUCAACCGUUUCAGAGGUUUCUCCUCCUCUUCUUCUUCCUUCCUCUAUCCAACGUGACCCACAUCCGAUAAAUACAGCUCCAUCCCAAACCCACAGCCCAACCAACCAGUCCGAUCGUUAAAUAAAACCCCAACCCCGACUCUCCCCUUCUUCUUCCGAUAAACCUCCAAUUUCAUCCAUUUCUGCUGCAGAGAGACACAGGGGAAGAAGACAGACAAGAGAGACAGAGAAACAGGGGAGGUUCGAAUUUGAUGGUCGGAAAGGCCGGGAGAGGGGACGCGGAGGAGGAGGUGAAGGGAAUGCGACUGGGGAAGUACGAGGUCGGGAGGACUCUCGGCGAAGGCAACUUCGGGAAGGUCAAGUACGCCCGGGACGUCGAGUCCGGCAAAGGCUUCGCCGUCAAGAUCAUCGAGAAGAACCGCAUCAUCAACCUCAAGAUCACCUAUCAGAUUAAGAGAGAGAUCGGGACACUGAAGCUUCUGAAGCACCCAAACGUUGUCAGACUCCACGAGGUCUUGGCAAGCAAAACAAAGAUUUACAUGGUCCUGGAAUACGUAACUGGGGGAGAGCUCUUCGACAAAAUCGCGAACAAAGGGAAGCUGUCCGAGUCCGAAGGCAGGAGGCUCUUCCAGCAGCUGAUAGACGGUGUCAGCUACUGCCACAACAAAGGUGUCUAUCACCGAGAUCUCAAGCUUGAAAACGUGCUAGUCGAUUCAAGAGGAAACAUCAAAAUUACGGACUUUGGCUUAAGUGCGUUGCCCCAGCAUUAUAGGGAAGAUGGGUUACUACACACGACAUGCGGGAGUCCAAACUAUGUUGCCCCCGAGGUCCUAUCUAACAGAGGAUACGAUGGAGCAACCUCAGAUGUUUGGUCUUGUGGAGUCAUCCUUUACGUGAUCUUAAUGGGCUAUCUUCCUUUUGAUGAUAGAAAUCUCGCUGUUCUCUAUCAGAAGAUAUUCAAGGGAGAUUGUCAAAUACCGAAGUGGCUCUCCCCGGGUGCAAAGAAUUUGAUCAAGCGGAUUCUCGACCCUAAUCCAGUGACGAGAAUAACAAUGGAUGGAAUCAAAGCCGACGAUUGGUUUCGGAAGGACUAUGAACCCGCCAUUCCCGAGGAUGAGGAGGAAUUCACAAGUAUCGACGAGCAAGUCUUCUCAUUGAAAGAAGUGUCGUAUGAAGGGGAUAAAAGCCCAGGGUCGCCGAACCUAAUCAAUGCCUUUGAGCUGAUUGGAAUGUCCUCUUGUUUAGAUCUUUCCGGAUUCUUCGAGAAAGAGGAUAUCUCGGAACGGAAAAUCAGGUUUACAUCCAAUCAUUCCGCGAAAGAUUUGCUCGAGAAGAUUGAGCACAUGGUCACAGAGAUGGGAUUUCGAGUGCAGAAGAAAAACGGAAGGUUGAAAGUAAUGCAAGAGCGCAAGGGCCACCAGAGUCCUGGUUGUCUUUCUGUUUCUGCAGAGGUCUUUGAGAUAAGCCCGUCAUUGUAUGUAGUCGAGCUGAGGAAGUCGUCCGGUGAUCCUUCGAUUUAUAGACAGUUGUGCAAGCGGUUAUCGAAUGAGCUCGGGGUUCCGCAGGCCACGCCAGGGCUCUUGGACUCUGAAUCUUGACAAGAAGAGAAACUAUGAAGAGGGAAUUGUUCUUAGUUAACUUUAUGUGAAUUACUUGGAUUUUAUUUAUUUUUUUUGAUGUGGUAGGCUGUGAAUAUUCAGGCAGAAGGGGAAGCAGAAGUAGGCAAGAACUGUAAAAAUUAGAGUUUCUGUUGAGAGGAAUCAGUUGAAAUUCUGAACAGAGCGAAGGAGAAAAUUACAUGUAAAUAUGGUGUUAAAAGAAAAUUAGCAAUCUGGUUAUGCAUUAUUAUGUUUGGGGAAAACAAGGAAAUAUAUAUGCUGCAAUGAGUUCUUGAUC